GCCUAUCAGUGCCAAUCAGUGCCACCUAUCAGUGCCGCCUAUCAGUGCCAUCAGUGCCUCCUCAUCAGUGCCCAUCAGUGCAGCCUAUCAGUGCGCAUCACUGCAGCCUCAUUAGCGCACAUCUGUGAAGGAGAAAAAUCACUUAUUUACAAAAUUUUAUAACAAAAACUAAGAAAAAACUUUUUUUUUCAAAAUGUUCAGUUGUUUCUGGUUUGUUUAGCAAAAAAUAAAAAACCCAGAGGUGAUUAA